AUGCUUUCCACUUUCGCUUUGACAGCUACAACAGCGGUUCUAUUCGGUUCCUUGGCGGUUAAUGCUGAGAUUCAAUUAGAUAUAAAUGAUGAUACUUCAAUAAAGAAUGCGGCUGCUACAAUCGCAUACGAUAUGAUGACAUAUUAUAAGGGAAAUCAAUCAGGAGGAAUACCUGGAGUUUUACCUGGACCUCCACCAAAUCCUACUUGGGGCUACUAUUGGUGGGAAUCUGGUGCAAUGUGGGGGUCUCUUAUCGAUUAUUGGUAUUAUACUGGGGAUUCAUCUUAUAAUGAUGAUGCCAUGGCGGGGAUUCAAUGGCAGACUGGGGCAAAUAAUGAUAUGAUGCCUGCGAAUUGGUCACAGUCUAUGGGAAAUGAUGAUCAAGGUUUUUGGGGAAUGACAGCUAUGAGUGCAGCGGAAUCGAAAUUCCCGGAUCCUCCUGCUGGGAGACCUGGUUGGUUGGCUUUAGCUCAAGCGGUUUUCAAUACUCAAGCUGUGAGAAUUGAUAAUGCUACUUGUGGUGGAGGUUUACGUUGGCAAGUGUAUCCAUAUCUUACAGGAUACGAUUAUAAGAACUCGAUCGCAAAUGGAUGUUUCUUCAAUAUUGGGGCGAGACUCGCGAGAUAUACAAACAACGAAACAUACGCUCGGUAUGCUGAAGAAACAUGGAAUUGGGUCACAAAUGUUGGAUACAUGGAUAAGGAAUAUAAUAUUUAUGAUGGUGCUCACAUUGAAAAGAAUUGUACGGAUAUUAAUAAGGUUCAAUUCUCUUAUAAUUCGGGGGUUUAUUUACUUGGUGCAGCAACCAUGUACAAUUAUACGAAUGGCUCAGACAUUUGGAGAGAACGUGUUGAUGGACUUCUCAAUGCUACCUUUAGGAACUUCUUUCCCACUGGUGACAUCGCCUACGAAAUCGCAUGCGAAGCAAAGCUUUCAUGUACAACUGAUAUGUUUUCCUUUAAAGCAUAUCUCACCCGCUGGUUAGCCGCAACGACAAAAAUGGUACCUUACACUUAUGAAAAGAUUAUGCCAUAUCUAAAGGCAUCUGCAAUUGCAGCUGCACAACAAUGUUCAGGUCCAAGCCCAUUCAAUGGUAGAACAUGUGGAUUAAGUUGGAGUAAAGGAACUGAUUGGGAUGGAACCUCUGGAGUAGGACAACAAAUGGCUGCCAUGAGUGUGAUAUUUGCAAAUUUGGUUCAGCAAACUUUAGCUCCGGUUACGAAUAGUACGGGAGGAACAAGUGUGGGAAAUCCUGCGGCAGGAAGUGGUAGUACGAGUAGUUUGGAUCCGGUCUCACCACCAAAUACGGGGGAUAGAGUGGGCGCCGGAAUUGUUACUACAGUUGUGCUUUUGGGAAUGACGGGGAUGUUUGCGUGGAUGAGUUUCUAG